AUGCCCACUCUCUCGGCCGAUGCCGCUGACACCAUCAGCCUUGUCCGUCAGCUUCAGCUGCUUGACGACAGCACCAUCCGGCUGCUGGAGCAGCUCUUCUCGAAUCGGUUGGACGCGGAGCUCGUGACGUCACUGGUCGGCGGCCGCGAAGAGUCACUGGCGAUUGCGAUGUUCCGUCUCUGUGCCGGUACGCACACGGAGCACAUCCUAGGGUAUGCCUUGCGCUUCUUGGCAGACCUCGUGUACGCCGACCACGAGAUCGGCGUGCAGCUUGGCCGUGACGAAUGUCAGCAGAAGUUCGGUGGUCAUCCGGCUUCUCUGCUGCUGCAAAUUGCGUCCUCGCACAGCGAGAGUCUCGGUAUCGCGAACCCUGCCAUCUUCCUGGCCGCCACGGCGCUCCGCUACGGCAGCUACGAGGGGAAUGAAAACACCUUCAUGGAGUUUUUUGCGCUGGCCCGCCACACCUUCUCCCCAGAAACGUUGCAGGUGACCGCCGUUGAGUUCACAGUGCAGGCAUGUGUGCAGCUCGCACGCCGUAAGGACUUUCGCCAGCUGUUCUUUAAGGAGAACAUUCCCUCCUUCAUCCCACACCUGCUCACGGAUAUCGUGUCGAGCGACUCUGCCACUAUCAUCCAGGCCAUCUACGAGACGCUGCUGCUUUCCUGGCUUCUGUCAUUCGAGUACGAGGGACUCGUGCUGCUGGUGCGUGAGCGCAUGAUCCCGCAGCUGCACCGUGUGCUCCAGCGCGUCCAGAAGGAGAAGUGCAUCCGUGUGGCGCUCAUGACGCUUCUGAACAUGGCGGAAGCCGAGCGCAAGUACAUGAACAAGCUGCUAAACCCGUCGUCGGAGGAGUGGGUAGACGACAGGAUCUACCUGCUAGGCCGCCUGCAUCAGGGCGAGACGCCGGAACAGAUGAGCAGCACCUUCAAGAAGGGCCCCUCGCUGGUGGCCGAGAUGGUCAGUGUUGGCAUGAUCAAGACGCUCUCACAGAUCUCCCGCCGCAAGUUUGGUGACGAGGACAUCAACAUCAUGGUGGAUCAGCUGAGCGCCGCUAUGGAGAGCUCGAUGCACGUGCUGACGAGCUUCUCGCAGUACCGCGGCGAGGUGCUGAGUGGCGUGCUCGAGUGGACGCCAGUGCAUACGAGCACCAAGUUUUGGAAGGAGAAGGCAGUGAAAGUCGAGGACAACGGCUACGAGGUGCUGUUAGCUCUCGGCAAAGUCCUGCGCGAGUCGAAAGACGAGGUGACACUGGCGGUCAGUUGCCACGACUUGGGCGAGAUCAUCCGCUACCACCCCACCGGUCGAAACCUUCUCACUCUACCUGCGAUGGUCGGAGUGAAGGAGCGCGUGAUGAUGCUCAUGUCACACUCGAACCCAGAAGUAGCGAAGGAGGCGCUUCUGUGCACCCAGAAGAUCAUGGUGCAGCGCUGGGAGUACAUGCAGGCAACCGCGUGA